UCAGCCUGUGCUAAAAGCUUGUUUAUUUUUUAUUUAUUUAUAUUUUCACAUAAGACAAAAGAGAGAUGGCACUUCACACGCGACACUCACGUAUAAUCACGCGCUUCAAAUAGCACGGCGGUGUCACGUGUUCAAGUAAAAAAGCUGGACGACACAACAAAAAGUUUUGUGUGACCAUGGAUCCGACCUGCAGUGCUUCUGUGACUCCAGCUGGUUUGACUAUCCAGGUUUGUUUUCCUGCUGCACGUGCUGCCGUUUUGGACAACCUGAACCAGCAGCGGGAGGAGGGUAGGCUGUGUGACCUCUCCAUCCAGGUGCAGGGUCAAGUGUUCAGAGCCCAUCGCUGUGUGCUCGCUGCAUCCUCUCCUUACUUCCAUGACCAGGUGUUACUGAAGAAUGUUACAACUGUUUCCCUACCCUCAGUUAUGGACCCGGUGGCGUUUGAAAGUGUCCUGAGCUCUGCCUACACAGGCCAGCUGAGCAUUGUGCAUGAUGACAUUGUCAACUAUGUCACUGUGGCCAGUUUCCUCCAGAUGUGGCACAUUGUGGAUAAAUGCACCGAGAUCCUGAAGAGAUCCCGGCCCUCAGUAGAAGUCGCCCCAGGGGAGGCCGCUGCAGCUCAUCCUGGCACCGCAUCUCGACAGCAGUCCCCGAGUAGCACUGACUGCUUAUAUCUAGAAAGAGAGGGAAGAAAGAAAGAAAGGAAGCCUGACGCUUUGCCGCCCUUAGCUACAUGGAGACGUCCUCAGCAGUUUCCUAGAUGGGGGCGUCCACGUCCCUCAUCAGCACAGCACUUAGCGGACUCUAAACUAGAUGCUCUUACUGCCUAUGCGGAGAGUGAUUACACCAGUUGUGAAGAGGCAUGGGUAUCAAGCCAUGCCAAAACCAGCCACUUUGGUCAUGAUGGACCUGGCCACAAUAGCCGGCACCAUGGGGGGUUCCCUAGUGGUGAGGCAUUAAAGCAGAAAGUCAGGUUUCAACAGCGGGGAGCGCCGCUGAGCAUUGAUAGACUACUUGAUAAGAAUAGAGAUAAUGGGGAAAGUGAUGAGACACUGGAGAAGAGGAAGAACGAGAAAAGAGAGAUUGAGGCAGAUGAAGGCGUAGGAGAAGAGGCGGAGGACAAGAAGCAAGGCUUUGCACAAGUUGGACACUGUGCAGCCUUCCACCCACUUUCAAAUGAGAAUGAGGAAGCCCGACAUGCCAUGGGGAAGGUGAGCGUGGAGGAUAUAAAGGAAAAGGUGCACAUAGGUUUGGCAGGAGGUGUUCCCUCCUCUGACCUACCCAACGUUCAUGGGUGCCAAAAAAGUGAGGGAGUUCUGGGUCCGUCCUGCUCGGUUUCAGCGCGGCUGCAGUGGCAGACGGGUCCCUGGUCUCAACAAGAGCCGAGGCCUCAGGAGGGUGAGGCUGCCAGCUGCAGUAAAGACGAGGAUGAAGAUGAGGAGGAAGAGGAUGUGGACUUUGAAUGUUUUACAGAAGGUACUAGAGACACAUAUGAUGAAAUUGAAGAUGGCACAGGACAGGUUUCCCAGAGACCUUUAGUGCCUGUGUCUCCUGACUUCACCAUGGCAGGCUCAGAGGUGAACUGGCCCUCCACCAGUGUGGAACAGGGAGGCUCAUUGACUCCCACCUCCAACCGCCAUUUGUCCCCCUCUUCUGCUGCAUUCCCACCACCCCCUUCACCCCCAACCCCAUCAUCAUCAUCCUCCGUCUCCCUUGCUGGAGCCCCGUACACAGGCAAGGUCCACUUCUGCCACUGCGGCAAAGCCUACACCCUGAAGAGUAUGCGUGACCGACACGUGAAGAUGCAGCACCUGAAUCUACGGCCUUUUGGUUGCCCCGUUUGCACAAAGUCCUUCAAGAUGAAGCACCAUCUAACCAAGCACCUUAAGACACAUGGAGGGCUGCGGCCCUAUGAGUGCGGCUUGUGUGGAAAGAAAGUCAUUUGGAGAGACAGCUUCCUGAGGCAUCAGGCCAAAUGUGAGAGACUUGCUUCCAGCUCCUCGGCAAACAGCAACCAAACGAGCACAGCAGCAGCAGAUAUCGAUGACAAUUACAAUUAUGGAUUUGAUGAAGGGGAGGCUUUUCUUGCAAUGGGAGGACAAGUGAAAGUUGAGGAGGUGUACUUUCCUGGAGAGAUGGCGGAUGGGAUGGUUGGGCUGCUGGGGAGUGUGUCUGGGAUUGUGGACGAGUUAAGAACUCAGUCACAAAAUUUGGACACUGGUAUUCAUGUGUUAAAAGAGGAGGCAAGUGAGAGCUUUAGCCGAAAUUGAACAGAAAUGUGAAACUACAGGCUUGGACAAUGAAUCACAUGAUGACUUUAAAAAGUCUACGGACACAAAUCAUUGAAGCCUUCUUUGAACAGCUACUUUUAUUUUAUCCUUUAUAUGUGCACUCUUUUCAUGUUGUGUAUUUUGGAAAACAAAACAACAAUCAUGCUUCAUCGAAGUUGUGCAGUAUCAUGUCGGCUCAGUUCUUGUUUAGUAAUGCUGUAAGCUGUACAUCCGUAUCGAUCAGUGCUGUGAAUGUAAUUCUUGAGCCUGAAUAAAGUUGAUUUGCAUUUUGCACACAAAUUAUAUAUUUUCCACUGGACUGCAGUAUAGGAUCAAAUACAUGGUUAUAGAACAUGUU